CCAUCGUGCCACCUUUAACGAAACGAGGUAGUUCGUGAUCGACCGUGUACGUACGCGUGUUUAUUUUGUUCUUCAUCCACGUACUGUACGUUCUCCGGAUUUGUUUUAUCUAUUUGUUUAUUCCUCCAAAAAUCAUCGACUUUCGUAUUUCUGAUUAUUAUUGUUCUGAAAUUUUGAAAACCGUUAAAAUUCAAAGCACACUCAUUUCGAGCGUCAGUCGGGAAGUAGAAGCCCGAGGAUCUACUCGAAACACAGCCACGAGUUUCGUUAACCAGUGUCUUUGUACCAACGAAAUAGAAAGACUCUCACACGUUACCAAACAACUUCGAAUCCGUCGUUAUUCUCUCGUGAAUAUUCGUGUUGAUCGUACAAUUACGAUCGAAAAAACCGACCAUAAAUUCAUUUGUUGUUCUUCGCGAUAAACAAGUGACAGUUCGAGAGGAUCUUCGACUAUUCGAAGGCAAUAAGAAAAGCUCGUCUCUUCGCUUUCGUUCGUCAACGCGAGUCAUUGUUUUUUCAACUUGAGACUGAUUGAUUAUCGAGAAUCAGUGCCAUGAUUAGCUACGGGGAAAUGAUGGAGCCGGACGUUGAGAGCAGCAGAACGAGUCUGCGUAAAAUCGCGCGACACGAGGAGCCGGAGUUCAGUAACGCGAGUAUACUGAACAGCAUGGAAAAGUUUGUGAAAACAGUAAGCGAGAUGGAGGAAACGAUAUUGGUGCCAUCGAGGCUGUUGGAUCUCUCGGUCGGUGACGCCGGCGACAUGGUUUGCCAAAAGAGCAAAAACGUAGCAACGAUCAAGGACACAAUGGCGAACACGGAUCUUUAUCGUUUGUACAACAUCGUUAAUCAGAUGAAGUUGGAGCUGCUCUGGUCACAAAAAUCGUCGGACGAUGGACAGGAAGAGGACGAAGAGGAGGACCGUGCGAUCCAGGAGAGCCGUCGAUUGAAAGCGGCAUCGCGAGCAUCGACGGAGAACGUCAGAUUAGGACACGCCCGUUGCCCGAGCACGACUUCGAUGCAGAGCGUACAAAGCGCAUCCUCGAUAAUCUCAAGCUCGUCAGAUUCCGACUCUGACAUCGGUAUCGAGAACGAUUCCGGGCUUGAGAUCGAGGAGAAUACCGACAGGAUGGCGCACCAGGCAGCCGAGCACUUCAGACGUCAUCUUCGGGGUCUCCAUCGCAGCAUAAAACGCAUGACCCAAGCUGCGGAAUAUUUGACCCUCAGAUAUCAAGCGGACGUCGGUGGACCGGUCUGAUUUAUCAUAAUCCAAAUUUCAUCGCAACAUUCACGAGCUACCUCUUCAUCUUCUCCACAGAAAGACAAAAAAACUAAUAAAAUUCAAUAACUUCAAACCCCUCGACACUCGCAUGUGACACACUACGUAAAAACGAUCAUACCGAUUGCCUCUUGCUCUCGUAUGGACUAGUCGACGUUCAUGGACUGCGCAAGCUAUUGGCAAAUAGAAAACCAAAAUAAGCGUCCGUACGAAAACGAUAAUCGAACGGGCCCGGAGAGAAAGAGAGUGAUCGUUCAAAUUCCCUGUGUCGUAAAAUGAAUUGUUUUUUCUAUCAACGAUACGUUUCGAUGAUAAUCAAAAUCGUAUGUCUCUAGGUCGAUCCGUGAUUGAAUUAAAUCCGUAAUUAUUUUUUAUUACUAUUGUAUAAAUUUCGUAAACGAACAUUUAAACCAAAAUUUGCUGAAACGACUGACUUCAGUUUCGAUUAUUCGCUCUGCAAUAGAUUCAGUAGAUGUCAAUAUUCGCUUAUUUUGCUUCCAUGCUUUCCGAGCACAUUUUUUCCUCAUUAUCCUUCGAUCCUUGCAGGUUUCGAGGAUCUCUCGCUGCUUCUGACUUUAUUUUACGAAAAUCACAGGCGUUUUUUAUUCAGUCGUUUUCAGCGGAUUCAACGAAAUUUCGCAAAUUUCGCAAAUUUUUAUAUUUGCGAAUGAGCUCACGAUAGUACUUUAGUCUUUUUUUGUUUUUUUUUUUGGUUACGCACGAGCAUUUGAGACUCGAUUAUAGCAAUUGCCAAAAACAAUGUUACGAAUACAACGGUGAUCCGAUCUCAGGCACUCUGUCUCUUCCGAUUUUAAUCGUCGCGUCAAUUCAUCUGCGCCAAAAUAUCGACACGAUCGCUUCAUCGUUCACGUUACUAUGCGCUAAAAUUUAUUUUCUUUUUUUCUUCUUUUCGCCCCCGUUAGUGCUUAGGAAAAAAUUGAGCGUUUGUAAAAAUUGGACUACGAAAUGGUUCAAUUUAUUUGUAUAUAUGUAAAUGCUACGUGAUGGCAAACAUAAAAAUAUUUACAAAGAGAAACCAUAAAGAGGGAGAGAGAGAGAAAGAGGGAGGGAGAGUGAGGUCUAUAAAAAAAAUCACGAUCAUGAAAUUCUUAUUUGACUGAGCAUUGUUGUCAACUAACUGCAUCGAUAUACGUGUCAAAAUAGUAAACAUCGUAGAAACCAUUAGUUUCUAUAAUAAUAGAUAUGAAAUUGGAAAGAAAAAACAUAAUCGAUGGCUUUUUUCUUUGGCAACAAGAAUUCUUGAGUUUCCAUUGAAUCUCGUUGAAACUUGAUUGUUUUUUUUUUUUUUUUUCCAUUCAAUAAUGUCGUUUUGAUUUAUUGAUCCAUGAAACGUUAAACGAUCCGAUCAAAUUCUAUUCUCUUGGACGAUUUCGCGCAAAAAAAUGUAUUGCGUAAGAAUUGCAGAAGAGAAGAGCGUAAAGAAGGAGAAUCGCGUCGUUGUUUCUCGGUAUUUAUUUCUCCUCGCUCUCGCUCCUCUUUUUCCUGUCUUCGCCGAUACCAUCUCACCGCCUUUAGGCAACUUUAGUGCAGCCUCGCGUUAUUUCAUCGACAAAGAUUUACCUAGGCGUUUAACGGGGCCUGUGCGGUGUGUUUCUAGUGAAAUCAGGAUUCGUUGUGUCCACGUUUCUGGAUAGACGGAGAGAUUAAUAUAUAAAUAUAUGUAAAACGCUCGCGAGGCUCUUUUUGCAGGAAACUCCAAGCCCAAGUCGGACAAAAAAAAACAUUUUCAAUCCUUCAAUUCGUAAAGAGAUGAAAAUUUUAAAAAAAUGGAAAAUUGCAAAUUAAAUUACAAACAUGGCUCAAUUGAGAGUAAAGAAUGAUCAUUUUGGAGGAAAUGUGAACAAAAUUUAAAAAAACGAUGGUGGUCAAUAAAUCAUUCGUCGGUUCAAAAGUUUUUGGGAAAGUGUGGGGGACGUAGAAAAAACGACAAAUGAUAAAACAAACCUGUAAAAGCGAAAAGAUGAAAAUUUGAAAAUAAAUAAAUAAAUAAAUAAAUAAAUAAAUAAAUGAAAAACAACAACAAAACGCCGGGGGUCGAUGUUGUGUACAUAGAGUUAGACUCCACUAUUAUUUAUUUUUUAUUACGCUGUAAUUUUUAAUAAAGAAAACGAAUGUAUUUAUAGUCGUCGCGCGAUCUCGCUCAAUGCAAGAGAGUUGAAAUGAAAUAAAUAUUAUUUGACAAAAAUGAAGCGAAAAAAAUGAAAUUAUAUUUAAGAAAUAUGGAAUAUAAGCACAUUGAGUGAGACAAAAUUGGGUUUAUCUAGCAUUGAUGGUCAUCGCGCGACGUGUUUGUCGGUUGGCAAAGUGAACAAUGAGAAAAAUGAAAAAAAUAAAAAAUAAAAAACAUCUUUUGUUGUGAAAAAAAAGAAAAUUGUAUGAGAAAAUCCUAUUGUCUCGCGCGAACGUGAUUUAUAUAAAGAAAAAAAAAACGAUGAAACACACGAAUUUGGCGUAUCUUAGAAUUAAAUGAAGACGUUUGAAGAAGAAUAUCUGAAAAUCAUUAUUGUAAUAUACAUCAUUUGAAGAAAA